CGCUACUAAGCCUUUCAUUAAAUAGUGGACUGUAUAAAAGACAAGAAGCACUGAAUGCCGUCAUCACAACUAGUUGUAUCAAAGUACGAACGAACGAGCACAUCACGAAGAAAACAAAUCUCAAUAUGGUUUCUAAAAUUGUAUUAGCCCUGUGCGUUUUGGUGGCAGUAGCAUCAGCCGUGCCAGCGGCCGGAGGCCCCGGAGGCUGGCCAGCGGCCGGCGGCUGGGGAGCCGGAGGCUGGGGGGCGCCCGCGGCCCCAGGUGUCGGCGCCGGCGGCUGGGCCCCCGCUGCCAACCCCUUCAUCCCCCCGUGGAUCGCCUCCGCUCCCUGGUUCCCCGUCUUCAGCCCCUGCGCCGCCGUCGGAACCACCUGCCUAGACUGCAACACCAAGGUUAUCUGCACCAAGAUUGGUGCCCUCCAGCGCGCCUGCACCGACCCCACCCUGCCGUACUGCAACCUCGGAAACUGCACGGCCACGCCAUCAGCUGAAUGCGCCCCUGUCGCUGUACCUGCCGCAGUCUAAUUCAUCACCAAUAGACUUGAACCCAGGAACUGCCACGAAUGCCUCAAGAUCAUAGCGAAUGAUGUGUUAAACUCAAACUUAUACAGUGUAUACUCAAACAGAUUAAAUUCAACUACAAUUUCAAAACUUAAACUACUGUAACGCCUUUUUUCUAUUAUUUAAUAAAGCUCAUUUUUCAAUCUC